ACGCAGAAUACUUGGAGAGGCAAGAGAUUUCUCGCGGAUUUCCAGACUGCGGCGGUGGAGGCUGGAUUUUUUUGAAGUGUUGAUCCAUUAUUUAUUGUUUCAAGAUGGCCAUGUAUAUCCGAAUCAAGCGCCAUAAGACAACCUACUUUAUCCAGUGCGAUCCAAUUGAGACAACUUUAAACAUCAAGCAAAAAUUAGAGUCCCUUAUUGAUCAGCCAAUUGUUGAUCAGCGCUUGAUCUUGGUGGGAAGCGGGGAAGUAUUGGAGGAUUCAAAGACACUGGCUGAUCAGAAGGUUGAAAAUGAUGCAGUUGUGGCUCUAACGUUGCGAAAAGAUGAUAAUGAGUUCGAGGAGAUCGACAUUGUCAGUACAAACGAUUUCUACCAAUCUCGUGAAGCCGAUUCUGGGAAUUGGUAAGGGCCGAAAGUUUUCUUCUACUAUGUGUGGUAGUUUAUGAUGUUCAGCCAUCAAGCUUGUGGUGUAUUAUUGAAAUAACUGUUCUAUCAGUUGGAUGGAAUUGAAAAUGAUGCAUAAGAAAGUAGACUUUAUGCAGGAUUAGAUAUCGUAACUCCAUGCAUUCUCUUUGUUAUCCCCCAAAAGUUGCAUUGGUGAUUGAAUUCAUUCAUGCAUUGCUACAAGUUCUAUAAUAUAUGAGUUGAGAAUUUUGUUAGGACCUUUUUAAUUUCCUUUACACUAUAUGAAUGUGGUUUUUAA